CAGUAUCUAAUGACUUCCAUUGGACUCACAGAUCAGUGCAAAUAUAGUCACAAUGAGAUAUGUUUAAAAAAAGCAGUCUAUGACUUUGGUGGCUGUAGUCUUUGACACUUUGUAUUGCCUUCCUCUAACACUGCAUGGUAUAGAGGUCCUGGAUGGCAGGGAGCUCGGCCCCAGUGAUGUACUGGGCCGUACACACUACUCUCUGUAGCGCCUUGCGGUCAGAUGCCAAGCAGUUGCCAUACCAAGCGGUAAUGCAGCCAGUCAAGAUGCUCUCGAUGGUGCAGCUGUAGAUCUUUAUGAGGAUCUGAGGGCCAAUGCCAAAUCUUUUCAGCCUCCUGAGGGGGAAGAGGCGUUGUCGUGCCCUCUUCACAACUGUGUUGGUGUGUGUGGACCAUAAUAGAUCCUUAGUGAUGUGGACACCGAGGAACUUGAAGCUCUCGAACAGCUCCGCUACAGCCCUGGGAAUGGGAGCGUGCUCUGCCCUCCGUGUCCUGCAGUCUACUAUCAGCUCUUGUGUCUUGCUGACAUUGAGGGAGAGCUUGUUGUCUCUGACCUCCUUCCUAUGGGCUGUCUUAUCAUUGUGUUUGUGUGUGUGUGUGUGUGUGUGUGUGUGUGUGUGUGUGUGUGUGUGUGUGUGUGUGUGUGUGUGUGUGUGUGUGUGUGUGUGUGUGUGUGGACGUACAUGGGUUUCCUGUUUGUAGUUGGGUGUGUCUGCUCUUCUGCAUGCCUACCGAGAAACCAUAGACCACACGGCAAUGUCAAACAAGUUCAAAUAGAAAACAAUGAUGUGGAGCACUGAGAAGAACUGAGCAGUGCUAGGAAACUGAGAAUCUGACUUCAUUCAACUUGACCUUUAUUUAUAGAGGUUAUUCUCAUCCAGCUACAAUAUCUUUGGCAAGACAGACCUGUUCAUAAUCAAAUAUUUUUUGAGGAAAGAAAAUGAAGACAAACUUUUCCUGUGGACACAUUAACAUGGACUUCACUCACACGUUUUUACCUACAGUGUAUAUGUCAGUGUUUAUUGUCGGUCUUGUUGCUAACUGCUGGGGACUAAAAUCCUUGUUUGCGAACUGGAAGAAAUUCGGAAAUAUCAACAUUUUUGUUCUGAACCUUGGAGUUGCAGAUAUUCUGUAUUUGCUCACUCUUCCAUUUCUGUUUACGUACUACUCAGCAGGCAGUCACUGGGCCUUUGGACAAGUCUUCUGCAAGAUUACAAGAUUCUGCUUCAAUUUGAACUUGUAUGGCAGUAUUGGUUUCCUCACGUGUAUUAGUGUAUACAGGUACCUGAGCAUUGUCCACCCACUGAGAGUGAUGGGCAGGAUAACAAGGGGCCACUCUGUAGUCAUCACAGCUGUAAUUUGGGGUUUAGUCUGCAUUGAGAGUAUUCCUGAUAUGUUCUUUGACAAAACAUUAUUCAACUCUUCUUCAGGGAAUGUCAAAUGCGUUGACACCACCUCCAACUUCUCUACCAAGGAAUACCUGGACUACAGUAUUGCGUGGACAGUAUCUGGAUUUUUCAUCCCUCUGCUCAUCAUAUUGGGUUGCUAUGGACAUGUGGCUGUGGUCCUCUUAAACAACCCCAACAUUGAUCAAGUGAUGAAGCAGAGAUGCCUAAAACUGGUGUUCAUUGUGACUUUACUCUUCUCAGUCUGCUACAUACCGUAUCACAUAUUCAGAAAUCUAAACCUGAAGACUAGGAUUUUGAAAAGCAAAGGCACGUGUGAAGAUUGGUUUGCUGGCAUCUACAUUGCUCACCAAGUCAGCCGAGCACUCGUGUGUCUAAACAGUGCCAUCAACCCAUUGAUUUACAUCCACAGCAAUGAAAACCUGCUCGUACAUAUCACCAGGCUUUGGGAACGAGCUCGUCGGUCUGUGCCUCGGCUAUUCAACCAUCGCAUCCAGACACAAACCCCACCAUUAUGAACUCACAUUGAAAUAGCAGUGCAGCUUUGUUUGCUUUCUUGAGUCAUUCUGCUUUUCUCUCAGCAAUUUCUAAUGUGUUUAUUACUGUGCAUAUUAUUGUUUGAAUAGGGAAGUUCAAAGUACAGUUCCCAGAUUUCUAUAGGUCUCUUGUGUGUUUACUGAGCUGUACUAUAAAUAUGCGGAUAUGGAAAGUACAUUGUAUUCCUUGCAUGGUCAUCUGCAUGAAUGUACAUUCCUGGUUAUUCUUUGUAUCUAAGAGAUGUAAAUAUACAGUUUAUUCAACUGAUAGAUGUAAAGAUGUUGUAAAUGUAUAAUAUUGUCAGACAGUUGCAACUAAGCACACAGUAGGCUGUAUUGGUUUAUGGCGCUUUGUAUUAAGGAUACGAUAAGAGCCAUGUGAAAACACAAAGUGCUGUGAAUGCAUUUGCAGAAGAACAGGAAAUGUUGUUUUCACGAAAGGUGUAAAUCUGCUUUCAAAAUGUAAAGUUAUCACCACUUAAGGAUUUCCUGUGUCUUGAUCUGCUGCAUACCUGAACAUAAGGUUUUAAAAAGUUGCUUGUGAAGUAUUCUAAAGUGAAAAUGCAAAGUUAUCAAGAAGACUUUCGCUGUUUAUUCCACAUCAUUUGAAUUUAUUCUCAUUUCAU